GAUCGGAAAACGGUUCUAUGCUAAAGUAGACAGAUUUCGAUUGUGGGUUUAGUCGAAGACGUUUUUAUUCAGAUGAGAAAGAGUUUAGUCGGUGUACAAAAGAGGAAACAAACGGUGAGAAAGAGAGACCGGAGCUCGGAAGCUGUCGGUCGGAAAAGUACAACGGCGAGAAUACAAGAUGAAAACCCUAAUUCUAGCCGCCAAGUGAGUGAGCGUGAUUUCGGAUCCCCUCCUCGUUGUCCCUUCGUCCUCUUUUAUAGCUGACGUCCUCUUGAUCCCAUGACCUAAUCUUCGUGACCUAAGCUCGAUGGGCUUUUCAUCCGUGGGCCGGGUGUCGCCGCUUCGACUCAACGGGCUUUGUGGUGCCGUCCUGUCGGGAGUCGGGCCGACGCGGAGUUGUGAAUGGGCCGGGCCAUCUAUUAUUCGGGCCUUGUGGGAGGAUGUGAAUCCUGUCCCUACAGUAAGUCCCCCCCCAGUUUAUUGAUGGGAGGCGCGAGCCGAGCUCGAUGAAUUGUGAAGGAGAUGGUUUGAAUAAUAGAUGGACCGAGGUACGGUGACGCGUGGUGAGCAGUCUCGGAAGUCGACGUCCACUCGGUGUCACGGCUUUAAUUCGUCGGUUUGGAGAUCGGCACCGAAUUUUCUUUAAACCGGUGGCCCUUUUUGGUUAUCGCGAAAACCGGACCGUCGUUUCGGUCUGGUGAUUGCCGGUUUAAACCGACGGUUCGUCUCGGUUUACUCCGGUUCUCCGAGAAGGCGAAGCGACGCGUUGGUUUAAUAGGGCAAUUAAUGUCUAAUCAAGGCCCAAUUAGGCCCAGAUAGACCUAAUUAUGACGCCUCGAUUAGACGCGAACCCCUCUCUCCUAUAUAUAGCGCUCUUCCUUCUCAUUUCUCUCAUUUCUUCUCCGCGAGACCAGGUACUUUCUCUCUCUUCCUCCACUUCUCUCUCUAGUUGUUGUUGUAGAAUAUAUAGCGGUAUGUCGGCGAGUCGGAAAUUAACGAGAGAGCAAAAAGGGAAGAGGGUAGCGAGUGGUUCCAGCCCUGCAGGAACCGGGGAUGAGGCCGAGCGGAUCCAUCGGGAGGCGAUGAUGGAUACCGAGAACAUGGACCGUUCGCAGAGGCUACUAGUAUCCGAGGCGGCGCAACUCCACCGAGAGGAGAGAGAAAGGACGGCUUCUCGGACUCGAGAGUCCGGGAGGGAUGGUCAAGGGGGAGCGAGGGACCGGGAUCCCGUUCCUUCUUACAUCCCGACAGUCCUUUUCCCCGAAGGAAUCUUCGAAGAACUUUCAGCUCUUCCUCCUGAAUUUAUCCGUUCCCCUGUCGUAGAGGGGCAGGAUUGGAGCAACGUAGAGGGGACACGGUCAACAAUGAGCAGCGUAAAGAGGUUGCUUCGAGAUUUCCGAGGGACCGGGGUGACUUUCCUGAUUCCUUCGUCGGAUCAGAAACCGUGGUCUCCCCCGCUCGGCUAUCAAUGCGUCUACGAGUCCUAUUUUCAGAAGGACACUAGGCUGUGGUUCCCGAUUCCCAGGUUAGUGACUUCGUACGCGAGACGUCGGGACGCAGCAAUAAGUCAGUUUCUGAACGGAUCGUACCGACUAGCCGUAGCGCUGAUGGUCAUGGCUGCUGAGAACGACGUGUCGUUAAGUGUUCGGGCCUUCGAGGAGCUGACAUCCGUUCAAACGAUGAACGAUGGACUUUGGGUCAUCAAGAUGCGCCCGAGCUAUAACGUUGUCACUGGGUAUCCGAGUAAGACGAAUGACUGGCAGCGGUAUUAUUUUUACAUUAGGGCGAACGAGUCGGCCUUUGAGGAUCCUCCUGGUGACGACUAUCGGGUCUUAUGGAACCCUGAUAUUGUUGAUCAUCCGACAUCGUCCGCGUAUCCGGAGGAUUUCAUUGCAAGUGCUCGGAAGGUUGCCUUGCUUCAUCAGGAGUAUUGGAAUACGAUUACUCGGGAGAGGAUUCGCCGGAACAUCGACAGGAUAUCGAGAAGGGAUUGGGAUUCGAGCAUUCCCUUAGUUGGCGUUCCUGGUAAGAGACGCCUUUCGCUUUUCGUUCCGCGUAUUCAGAAGCUGAUCAACGACGCUAGGAAGAUGAGGCCGCAACCGAACUUGAGUGAGUUGAUAAGGGCUCAGCUAAAUCUUCCGAGAGCCGAUCCCCCGCGCCGUGCGUCGGUACCUGUUGCCGAGGGUUCUCCACUAGCUGUCCCGAGAGACGGGUCUCCGGUUCCUGUUGAAGACCUUCCAACUGAGGAUCCAGCUGUCGAUAUUCAGCAAGUCGUGGAAGCUUCCGAGGACGCUCCGGUGAUAACUCCCAGUCCCUCAAAGAAGAAAGGGAAAAAGAGGUCCCGGCGCGAUUCCUCGGCUAAAGGGGGUCAGGAGGAGAGGUCUGUCGAUUGUCCAGACGCUGAGGGUCCUCCUAAGAAGAAGAAGAAAGGAACUAAGGGCGGCGAAGGAUCACUUCCGCAGGAAAGGACCGAUCCUCAGGAAGGUGGUGGUGGGGAUGCGGCCGCUGAUAUCUCAGAGGAGACGGUACGCUCUUCCCCCGAGGCUCAGUUGCUUUUGAACAGGAAGAGGAAAGAGACGGGUCCCAGCGAGGGGCACGCCCAAAGCGAGGAUCCGCCGGCUCCCGCCCCUACGACGGCUCCGAGUCAGCCAUCAAUUUCUAAGCUUCCAGCUGGGCGAAGCUCCGCUUCGAGGAGAGGUCCUCCCGAGUUCCCGGAUAAGGUGUCCUUUGAGUAUGAUGGGACGACUCCCCUUAUCUAUGCUCCAGAUAAGUGCGCGGAGUUGAUGAGUCAGAUUAACGGUGGUCCCCGGCCAUUGCUCUUGAACGAUCUUAUCUUCAAGAAGGAGUACACUGAUGCGGCUCAAGCCAAGCUUCGGGGUGAUGGGAGCAUGAAUUUUGUUGUGGAAUUGUACGAUACCGAGCUCAAGACGACUCGUACUGAGCUGCGACGCUCGGAGAAACUGGUGGCGGCCAAGGAUGCCUUUAUCAGAAGGAAGAAAGCCGAAUGGACGGCAGAGACUGAUAAACUUAAGGCGAAGGCAACUCGCGCAAUCUCUCGUCGGAAGGCCCAAAAGGAGAAGCUGGCUACCACCGAAGCGGCACUGGGCUCGGCUCAAGAGACUGUGGGGAUCCUCGAGACUGAGAUAGCGUUGAUGAAGGAAAAGGAAGAGGAGGCGGAGAAGGACCAUGCGAAGAUCAUUGAGCAGCAUGAAAAGAAAAUCCGUCAUCAAGCGAUGGAGAUUGAACGGCUGAAGCGUUCUCGGAUCUUUGAGGUGACGCAGGAGAGGAUCCGCGUCCAUACCGAGAUGAUCGCGAAAUGCAAUAGGCGCUUCCGUAACAUAGCUGAUCGGGAGAAGCGUCGUGCUCCUUUUGAUGAAGCGACUGCUAUGUAUAAUCAGUCGUUCGGAACGAGGACUUGCCUCGAGGUUCUGCUGGAGGCCGGCCGCGACAUUCCGCAGGAGACUAUCGAUAUGUUCGCGGUUCGAGAGGGGGAGUAUGAUCGCGAGGCUAAGAAGCUCGACGUGGGAGAGAUCCCAGAGGGUGAUCUUACUCUUUCUCCGCUUGUGCUGCCCUCUCCAUAUGUAGAAGAAAGGAUAUUGGCUGGCCUCAACACUUUCGGAUCCAACGCGAUCGAAGACGUUUUUAUUCAGAUGAGAAAGAGUUUAGUCGGUGUACAAAAGAGGAAACAAACGGUGAGAAAGAGAGACCGGAGCUCGGAAGCUGUCGGUCGGAAAAAGUACAACGGCGAGAAUACAAGAUGA